AUGAUAGUAUUAUAUUUCUUUGCAUCGGCACCUUCAAAACCAUCAUCAUCUAGUUUAUUAAUCAUUUUAAUUGUUAUUAUUGCAAUGAUAGGUUUAUUUACAUCCAUAAUUGGUUUUUUAAUUUAUCAAUAUCAUAAAAAUCAACGUCGUUAUUUAAAAACUUUAACACGAACAAUCUAUGAUACAUUACAAAAUUCAUCUUUUAAUAGUACUAUACCAACAUCAAUAGCGCAAGAACUUGAUCGUUCAUCUAUUUUAGACGCACAUCAUAGUCAAUAUGCUGUUGCUUAUUUAUAUAAAUAA